AUGGUGUCUGCCAUGCGGUCGAAGAUUCUCGUCUUGUUACUGCUCUGCUUCUGUAUAAACCUUUCUGUCGCAAAUAGAUGGGCAGUUCAUCUACAUGGACGUGAUACACAGCCAACGACCACCAACGCCGAUGCUUCGUCAACCCCCUCACAAACAGGAGGAACCAAUGGCGGAAAGGAAGGGGGAGAAACUACUACGGCGAAUGCAACUGCAACUUUAAAUUCGACUUCCAAUUCAGUCUCUGCUACGCAGACAGGAGCCGCCAUCACCGCCAUCACAUCCAAUAUUAACGGACCGGCUCCGACUGCCAAUCUCAACUUUUCUGGCUUCAAUUCUACUGCAACCCCGAACGCACUUCCCCUCCAACCAGAGAUCACGCCAGGCCUUUCAGUUGCCGGGAUUCUAUUGAUGCUUAGUGGAGUUGCCUAUACACUUGUUGGGAUCAAGAACAAAUGGCUACACAUCUAUUUCUCGGCGGCCUAUCUAGCCAGUCUCGCGGUCACGGUGCUCAUACUAUAUGUUAUGAAUCCGCCCGUCAACAAUGCUAUACAAGGAGCGUACGUUGUUGCAAUAGCUAUGACGGGAUUAAUCCUGGGCGGCGCCGCAAUUGUGUUCACAGAAAUGACCGAGGGUCUGGGUUGUCUUCUCGGAGGUUUCUGUUUCAGCAUGUGGUUGUUGGUCUUAAAGCCUGGUGGUUUGUUAACUUCCACUAGCGGGAAGUCUAUUUUCAUCGCUGCAUUUACGCUUGCGGCAUUUUCGACAUCCUUCACCCGCUACACUCGACCGUAUGGGCUGAUCAUAUUCGUUUCAUUUGGAGGAGCAACAGCUACAGUUUUGGGAAUUGAUUGUUUCAGCAGAGCUGGACUGAAGGAAUAUUGGGCAUAUCUCUGGGAUCUCAACUCCAACUUAUUUCCACUUGGAGCUACCUCGUACCCAUUGACAAGGGGAAUCAGAGUCGAAAUCGCUGCUAUGGUUAUCAUAUUUCUUGCCGGGAUCCUGUCACAAUCGAAACUCUGGAAGCUUAUCAAGGAACGCCGCGAACAACGCGCAGCUGAACGAUUACAAGAUGAGCGAAACUUGGAGAGAGAGGAGGAAAAUGUAGGAAAACGGAUUGAAGAGGCAACCGCAGCGGAUAGAAGCCAAUGGGAGGCUGCCUACGGCAGUAAAGAUGCUGUCAAAGCCACGCCGAGAGAUUCUGGGGUUGGAGAUAUGGAUAGUCAGAAGAAGGGGGCAAUGAGUGAAGUCACGUCAAUCCGAAGGUCUGGCGACGAGGAGAUUGAAAUGUCGGAAAUACCAUCCCCUACCUUGGUGAACGGUCCUGGACUUGUGAUGAUGAACAACGGUCAGCAUGGUGGGCCGGUCACGGUCAGAGUCGCCCGAGAGGUGGAGCCUCCCUUGGAGCUCGACGAAAACGGAAACCCCAUCGAACGUCCAGCAAAGCGCAACAGCCAGAUAUCAGCACGCGGCGAGACAAUAGAGGAGGAGCAGAUCUGGGUCGUUGGGGCUGAUGGCGAAGCACGUCUUAAGCGGCGGCCCUCAAAAAGAAAUUCCAAGCGACGUUCGAACCCGAUUCCAACAAAAUCACCAGAUGUAGUCGCUCUACCAUUUAAGGUGCCGGAAGGUGAGGUGGUGGAAGAUGAUCGCUCGUCCAUCGCAACUUUCGCAGACGAAGAACAAGCAGGACAAAAGCGACUUUCUAAACGCCUAUCUCAAGUGCUCAUGCGAAAACUUUCUCAUAGAUCUCAAAGGAACUCGAAACAAUUUUCUAUAGGAGAAGGCCAAAGUACGGAGGAUUUGGUCAUCCCCCGAGCGAUUGAAGAAGAUCGAAGGAGCUCACUUGCCGCUACCAUGGACGGACUGAGUGAUGACGAGGAUAUGAGAAGUGUGAGAUCGUCAAGACUUCACGUCCCUGAAAAUAGGGAGUCCACUGGGCCAUCUGAAGAGUCUACUGCUCCCAAUUUCGCUGCCAAACAACCUGGACCAACACCAAUGUCAAAUCCAACAGCAACGCUUGCUGUUGCAAACGCAGGGAAGAAGUCGAGACCGAUUUCCACAGCCACAGUCGCAACAGCCAUUUUGGAGCAAGAAGCAGCGGGUCAGAAGCCCGAGGCGGCAGAAGCCAAGACUGGAGAGGCGCUCGUCCAGAACUUUUUGACUUUGAGUAUGGACCCCAAACCAGAGACCGCAGUGGAGAAGCAAUCCUCGGAGGAGGAAAAAGACGAGCCAGCCCCAUCCGUUGUCGCCCACGUUGAAUCAAAGCCAGCUAGUUUGUCAAAGGAUCGACUACCACCUCAACUAUCAAGAGUUGUGAUGUCCUAUAGAACCAAUGAAUGGGCAAAACACCUCAGUAAUGCAGACGCCCCUGAAGUGGAUGAGCUCAAACUCGAAGAGUAUCCUACUGAACGCCCAGAGACCGUCCAAGAAGUGGCUGCACCAGUGAACGUGGAGGAGCUUCAACAAACUGCUGAGAAUGCUAUGCCUCUGCCUGCGCCGGUGUCGAGAACAGUAUCACAGCUAUCGAAUCAUGCCCCCGCAAGAUCAAACUCUGUUCAGUCAAAGUAUCCCUUUCCGGAGCAACCCAGCAGCUUCCAGAACCAAGACAUUCACUCCCAAAACCCCUCAAUUCAGUCUCUCCCGUCGUUACUUUCACAACAAGCACUCGGCCGAUCCCUAGGAUACCGCAGCUCCUCGAGUCCAGCGAUCCCACAACAAAUCGUCGAAUCGCCCAUCGAGGAAAACUUCCCGCCGACGACUCCCAACCCAUCAUCAAGCAAGUUCUCGCCAGCUACCGUCCCAUACGGAUCAACAAGCACCCUAAUCGGAAGACGAGACACCAUGCUCCGCGGCAAAUACUCCUACUACAGCAACCCCUCCGCCCCGUCCUCAACCCCCGAGCUCCUUUCCCAAAAUCCCUAUCUACAAUUUCCCGCCCAAUACAACAGCGGUCCCACUUCUCAUAAUGGCAGCGAUGCAGGCUCAAUCUACAACCACUCGACCCCUAUCCCAGACGACGACAACAUCUCGCUCUCCGCCCGGCGCAACCUAAUCAGGCAAUCCUCGCUCCAACAGCUCUCUUCCCCCAUGGCCCCACAAUACCAACAAGGACCCAUCCCCUUCGAUUCCCACCAACCUCGCCGGCAAUCCGGCAUACCGGCCCCCUCAGCCAGGGAGCAACAACUCGCGUCUUGGCGCGCCUCAGUACAGCACGAUCUCCAAAGCGGUAUCGUACCGAAAAACACGAUUGAGAGACAGCGAAGUGCGCUUUGGCAGGAACGGCAAGCGGAGGAUCAGAGGAAGGCGCUGGAAGAGCGGAUGCGGAAUCAGAGAGACAGUGCGUUUGACGAGCGGAUGAGGAGGGGUGAUAUGUUGGAUGCGCAUCGGGAAGCGUUGAGGAAGAUGCAGGCGAAAGCUAACCGGGCCUCCCAGGCCCAGAGCUAG